CGCAAAGCAAACAUGAAUCAUCGCCAAAGUACAAUUCAAUCUUCCAUAUCAACCACAUACCAACUCAUCACCACAACACGUCCUUGACAACAUGGCAAUCAAUUCAGUCGACGACCCCAAACGCAAGCGUAUCACGGGUAUCCCCAAGUUCCUCCGGUCCCUCUUCUGCAUCCUCGAAGCAGAAGACCCGACCGUGAUCGGGUGGACACAAGACGGCACAGCGAUUCAGAUCCUGUCGGAACGGCGCCUCGAAGCCGAAAUCUUGCGAAAGUAUUUUAACCAUGAAAAAGCGUCGAGCUUUCAACGACAGCUCAACAACUUUGGCUUUCGAAAAUGGACCAAGACCCAAUCCCACACGUGCACGUUUUCGCACCCGAGUUUUCAACGGCAGCAUCCCGAACUCCUCGCCCACGUCCAGCGAAAAUCGCCUCGAUCGAUGGCCGCGGCCGACGUGAAAGAAGAAGCUGCUGCCAACCGCGAAAACCAACGUCAGAACAACACCCCGUCGCCGUUGUCCUGCAGCGGCGGCGGCAUGUUUACAUUUGACGAACCCAAGAUUGAACUCUGGGGAAAGGGGAGUGGUGAGGGUAUUAACGGGGGUGAUCUCUGGGACGCCUUCCCCCUGGACAUUGACGCCACAGACUGGGACAUUGCAUCUCAAACGUACCCUGAACCAACCACCGUGCUGUACCUUCCAGACGACAAGACACAGCACAUGAUGGCUCCAUCCACCGCCCUCGACUUUGACAUGUCUUUCUUCCUCCACGAAUCUGCGCUGCUGCGUUGAAGCAUCGAUCGCACCCGUUUUGUAUUUAAUCAUCUUUAAAAUGUGUACACUAGUCCUUUGUGCAGCACAGCUGGUCGAGUACAGCCGUUGCCCAUUAUUGCUGCUUUUGAGUGGCCGUGCAUGGUAUAAGUUCUUAGUACAUUGCGGGUUGCGUCUUCACUGAUGCCAUUUGGUUGGUUGCACCACGUUGGGAGUAACGUUACAUAGUCACA